UGCCGAACGUUUACGCGGAAAGACGUAAUGUUUGUUAUGCUUCGACUAUAGUAUCUGAAUGACUCGAUCGUAUUUUCUAAGUUUUGAUUCAGCGUGCAUAAAAUCCGCGAGUGCAGCUUAUAAUUUUGGACUUUUUCAUACAGUGAUUCGUUACUGGAACUGUUACACAUUUGUAACAAAUAUUCAAGUGCUUUCAAAAUAUUAGAUUGUUUUUGAACAGUCAACAUUGGAGGACGAUAGUACCGGUGCGAAGUGAAAGUUCAUUAUUUUUAUACGUUACUACAGUUAAUUAAUCUUUUUGGACAGUUUUCAUCCUAUUAUAAAAGUUGUGGGAAGAAGCAGCUGAGUGACCCGAAAUCUCAUAAUAAAAAUAAACGAUUUAGCCUGUGAUGUUGGAUUAUGAUGAUUAAUGAUGCGUGUGAUGUAAGAAUGGGAAUGCGUUAAAAAUCUUCACCGCGACACUUCUCCGGGCUUUAUGAGGGAAAGAAGAUCAUUACCUAUUAGCGAAGUGGCGCUUAAAAGCGAAAAAGAUGGACCUGGGAGGGGUUUGGUGGUGAAUUCUGUUUUAUGUGGUGUGGUAGAUGAACUGUCUAACGCCAGGACCGGUAGGCGAGGCUCGUGGGUGCGACACGCCGUCAUGGGUGUCCUCAGGUGGAAAGACCUGACCGGGGUCAGGACCAGCACUCCGACUGAACAAAAAGAGGUAUCACGACCAGACACUCGUCGACCAGUGUCAGUUGGAGCCAACGCUGGGUCCAAUGCUGGGGAGAGAAACUAUACUGACUACAGAUUGGCCCACGGGCCGCCAUCGUCUCCUGGAGCCGUAGCAGCACAACGCCGAGUGGCCUGUCAAGCUAGCAGGUUACUGCUGGAAGAGACAUUGGCCAAGCCCGGUACUCCACCGACUAUAGUGCAACCUCCAAAUGGCUGUUAUUGGGUGGAUGGUGUCGAGGAAAAUUCUCCAGACGAUGAGAGUGAAUCUCGACUCCAACCCGGCACCCCGCGUCAAUCCUCCCGAAGACACAACAUUGACACCGAUGAUACUGCCAAGUACUACAGGCGGUUCUUCCUUGGCAAGGAGCACAUCAACUUGGUUGGGUUUGAUGCGAACCUGGGGCCGGUGGUUAUGUCCUUGAAAAACGAACACAUGGCUGGACAGGAUCACACUAGAAUACUUUUACGGCUAAGAACAGAGACUAUGCACGCUCUAAUUCCGAUACCAAAUACAGGGAAAAUGCCAUCACCAUUCCGAAUGGCCAAAAUGCUGAAUGAACAAAUAAAUGUGGACAAUUUCAUGGCAGUCAUGUGUCUCAACGCCUCAUCACUGAUUGCCGCUUACGAUGAACACGUGCUCGUGAAUACAUUCAAAUUCGGAGUACUUUAUCAGAAAUACGGUCAGACAACCGAGGAGGAACUGUUUGGUAAUAAUGAAACCUCACCGGCUUUUGACGAGUUCUUAGAAAUGCUUGGACAGAAGAUCCAGUUGAGAGAUCACAAAGGUUAUCGCGGUGGUUUGGACAUCCUUAACGGUCAUACGGGCUCGGAGGCGGUCUACGAACGGUUCCAUGACAGAGAGAUCAUGUUCCACGUGGCCCCGCUGCUGCCGCACACAGCUGGGGACGCACAACAAUUACAGAGGAAACGACACGUCGGGAACGAUAUUGUGGCGAUUGUUUUUCAGGAAAAAGCAACUCCGUUCACCCCAGACAUGAUUGCGUCGCACUUCCUGCAUGCGUUCAUUGUUGUCACGCCCGUGGAGGCUGCUGAUGGGGAGACUAGGUACAAAGUGGCCGUCACAGCUCGUGUGGACGUUCCAUUCUUCGGUCCGACUCUCCCCCAGCCGCCAAUAUUCCGCAAGGGACGAGAGCUCAAGGAAUUCCUCCUCACAAAGCUAAUAAACGCUGAGAACGCUUGCUAUAAAGCCGAAAAAUUCGCCGAACUUGAACAGCGCACCCGCACUUCGUUAUUGCAAUCGUUAGCUGAUAAAUUGAAAGAGAAAACUAUUGAGUUCCUUGGUCCGAGGAACGAAGUAGGUGCGGUGUCUCCGCAACCAGAAGGCACGCCGAAACAGGAGGGCGGAGCGGGUUCAAAGCUCUUCGACACCGUGAAGAAAGUCAUUAUCUCUAAAGUCAGAUCUCCAAGUGUCGACACCAAUCUCUCCGGGGACAGCAGUAAAAAUAAUUCUUUGGUCAAGAAAAAUAUUUUACAUGAAACGCCCACGCCCAAUAGCGGUCGUUCCAAGUCGUCGAUAGCUUCGUCAUCAGCCAGCGCUGUGUCAGUCCGGUCAGCUGGCGGCUCGGACGCUUCCAGCCCGGACGUGACGUCACGCGCCGCCGCCCCCCGCCCCCCACUGCACGACCACAGUGACGAUUCCAGUCUGAAUUCUGUGGAUCUUGAUCCACUAGGGGCGGUGUACGUGGAUAGCGACACUGGCUUAGAGUCGAUGUCGUCAGCGGACGCCGGCGCUCGGGAGCCGAGAGACACCGACCAGCUAAGAAUUGAAGUUUGUCGCUUAAAGAAUGACAAGCUUGAUCUGCUCAAACAGAAUAUUACUUGGCAAAACGAAAUAAAGUGCUUGCGUGAGAGGGUUAUGACACUACAAGCGGAACUGGCAGCCGCGGCUAAAGAGCGAAGACUUCGAGAACAAACCACUACCAUCAUCCAAAACCCAUCCAAUCACGAUUCUACUGCUUGAGAUGCUUAGAAAAACUCUUGGUGACAUUAGCCGAUUCAUUUCAUCGCGCUUUAAAUGUUUGGUGUUUAUAAAUUAGAACCUACACAUUUAUAGCUGAUUGUAUUAUGGCAUUAUAAGGUGGCGGCUUCAAAAUAGCGCCAUCUAGUAGCAAGAUUAGACAUCUAUAGAAGAUUCGUCUAGACGACAGGAACAUUGGGUGUAAUUUUUGAUUAACUUUGAAAAAUCCUCAUUAUGUAGAUGAUGCCUGUUAAAUUUAAGUGUUUCGGAAAUAAUUGUGCAAUAUUUUCGAUAAAUCAGAUUUUUUUAUACCAUUCUGCGUUCACAUGGUACCUUUGGUACUUCAUAUUAUUUUCUUCUUAUCAGAGACCUAUAUUUUUUUUAAUAUUUUCAUAUUUUGAUUAUGUUUAUUGGAGAUGUGUUUUCUAAGAAACAAUUACAACAUGCUUGUCGGUUUACUGAUCAGCUUUUUGUUUAAAAUUUUAAUAGUGAAAUUUUGAUAAUGUAACUUUUUGUGCUUUAUACAUGUCUUAAAAAAUAUUUAAAAAAUUUUAAACGUUAUUAUACAUUAUAGUUAACGUGUUGUAGAUUAUAACCCAAAAUUAUGGCGGGUAGAAAAAUAUAUAUUAACAUUUCUGAAAUGUAGAGAAUUUCUAAAUAACAAUAAUUACAUUAUUGUAUUUAAUUGUCAAACAAAAGCUGUAGUAAAUGUGUAAAAAUUCUUCAAUUUAAAAUAUUACAAACUAAAAUAACGGUACCUACAAGCGAAGCCUUCUUAAUUAAAGCCUAUAUUUAUAUGGUGCAUAAUUCAUAGAAAUAUAUAAUGUUUAGAUCUUAUAUAAAUCUCAUUAUAUAUUUAAUUUUCAACACUUACACUUCUCAUAAUAAGCACAGUGCAAUUGAUUUGUUUUUUAAUAUAUUUUUUUUAUAAUUAAUAGCGGAUAUGAACAGUGACGCCAUCUUUUCGUUUGCACUUUUGUCUCAAGAAACAUUAUAAUAUCGCUGGUCACGACUGGCUUGUAAAUAACGGUCUUAGACUAUAGUUAAACAGUAUUUUCUUAAUUUAUGUUUGAUAUAAGAAAUGUUCGAGUGUCUUUGAGUUGUAUAUGUUUUGUUGUUUAUAAUUAUUAUUUUAUACCAAAGUUAACAUUCCCCACUAAAUAGCAUAGUUUCUAUUACCGUAAUAGGGAUGAAUCGUUUGAAUCGCUUACUUGAUGCACGCUAACAUAUUUCUAAGUUUACAUUUAGUUUGUAAUAUUAAAUGUAAUCUUUUAGAUCUUUGUUUGACUGUUGAGAAUGAUUUAGUUGACUAACUGUUGAUUCUUCUCGUAGACUUAAACCAAAUAUUGCGAGCGCGGAGCGUUAGAAAAUUAUAAUUAUAAGAGAUACUAUUAAAAUAUAUGAAUAGUUAAUUACUUAAUAAA